CCUCUGCGCAUGUGCAGUUAGAGCGAGGUGGGUGGAGGAAUUUUUUUUGUUUGUUUUCGUGGCUAGUAGUUAGCCCGUGAAAUAGUUGGUUUUAACCAACGUCAUUCGUGAUAGAAAUAUUACAUUCGAUGAAUGAAACUUAUGAACGAAUGAGAGUUUCGGUAAAUGCUCUUCUCUGUGGAAAUAGGGAACGGUGAAGCGUUUUGGAACAAGUUAGCUCAGCUGGCAAGCUAGCGCGAAGUUGAUGGUCGUCCGCUAGCACACAUGCUAGUUCGCUAGCUGGAUAACCUGAACGGAGGGCAAUUAACCAAAAAUAAUACAUUUAGUUGGCGAAGUCGCAGGUGUACCAACAGUCAGUACUGUGACGAGCUCUGCCUUGAGGCCAUUUUGCGAUUUGUAAACGUGAGCUGCAUUAGAUCAACUCUGAUCUCACAAGAAGAAACCCCAAGAUUGUAAAAGAGCAACAUGUCAAUCACUAACACCCCCACAAGCAAUGAUGCCUGCCUGAGCAUCGUGCACAGCCUCAUGUGCCAUCGGCAGGGAGGGGAGAGUGAAAGCUUUGCCAAACGGGCUAUCGAGAGUUUAGUCAAGAAGCUGAAGGAGAAAAAGGAUGAGCUGGAUUCUCUCAUCACAGCCAUCACCACAAAUGGGGCACAUCCAAGCAAAUGUGUAACCAUACAGCGAACGUUGGAUGGACGCUUGCAGGUUGCAGGUCGUAAAGGUUUUCCACAUGUCGUCUAUGCCAGACUGUGGCGAUGGCCUGAUCUACACAAGAACGAGUUAAAACAUGUGAAAUACUGUCAGUAUGCCUUCGACCUGAAAUGCGACAGUGUUUGUGUCAACCCGUACCACUAUGAGAGGGUUGUUUCUCCAGGAAUUGACUUAUCAACACUCACCAUUUCAAAUUCAGGUCCACUCAUCGUGAAAGAUGAGUUUGACUAUGAUAACCAACAGUCUCACUCCAGCUCGGAGAGUCACCUGCAGACGAUCCAGCAUCCACCGUCAAGAGCGGUUCCCCCGGAGACGUUCAGCAGCCCAGCUCUGCUGCCUCCGUCAGAUGGCAGCAGCUCAGCCUCGACAUCUGCUUUCUCAGCUAUUAGCGCUGGACCUUCAAAUCCUGCCCCAAACUGGAGCAGAAAUGGCAGCUUUCCUGCAGCGGUGCCUCAACACCAGAAUGGGCACCUACAGCAUCAUCCACCCAUGCCUCACACGGGACAUUACUGGCCUGUUGCCAGUGAAAUUUCCUUCCAGCCGCCUAUAUCCAAUCAUCCAGCUCCAGAAUACUGGUGCUCCAUUGCCUACUUUGAGAUGGACGUCCAAGUUGGGGAGACAUUUAAGGUUCCAUCCACAUGUCCUGUUGUAACUGUAGACGGUUACGUGGAUCCAUCUGGAGGAGAUCGCUUCUGCCUGGGACAAUUGAGUAAUGUCCACAGGACAGAAAAUAUAGAGAGAGCCAGGCUUCACAUUGGCAAAGGCGUGCAGCUGGAGUGCAAAGGUGAAGGAGAUGUGUGGGUGCGCUGCCUAAGUGAUCACGCCGUCUUUGUGCAGAGCUACUAUCUGGACCGAGAAGCUGGACGCGCACCAGGGGACGCCGUUCACAAGAUCUACCCCAGCGCAUACAUCAAGGUGUUUGACUUGCGCCAGUGCCACAGGCAGAUGCAGCAGCAGGCGGCAACGGCUCAGGCAGCGGCUGCGGCGCAGGCAGCUGCUGUGGCUGGGAACAUUCCAGGACCUGGCUCUGUGGGAGGCAUCGCCCCCGCCAUCAGUUUGUCUGCUGCUGCUGGCAUCGGUGUGGACGACCUGCGCAGGCUGUGCAUUCUGCGCAUGAGCUUCGUGAAAGGCUGGGGGCCGGAUUACCCACGGCAGAGCAUCAAGGAAACACCCUGCUGGAUCGAGAUCCAUUUACAUCGAGCUCUGCAGCUACUAGAUGAGGUCCUGCACACUAUGCCCAUCGCUGACCCUCAGCCUCUCGACUGAAUAUAACAACACAAACUGUACAGAGGAAUAGAGGCGAGGGAGGGGUGUAUAUCUGGCUGUAAUUGAACAGACAACUCCACCUUUGUGGCUCGGGGGUGCUGAAAGAAGACUUGAGUCACACGGAUACUGUACAGGCUGUAUGAGUAGAAGCAAAGUUACUCCAAACAUCUUUAACUGCAGCUCUGUGAGGAGUUGCCUUUAUAGUGAACUCCAGAUGUGCAAGUCCAUUCCAAUCAGCAGCUGGAGAAGCAUGCGGGUUACACUGACAGUAGCUGCAGUGCUCUGGAAGACGCAGCUGAGCAGGAACACCAGCUCUGUCUGCUUGGAGAUCAGGCCUGGGCUUCUCCUGCCUCAAAGAAUGUGUAAACUGCACGGUAACACGCCACAGGCAAUAAUCUUUUAGUGUGACUUGGUCUAGUGAGAACAGAAAGUUGCUUCUCAUCGGUGGAUUUUUUUGUUUUGUUUUCAUAUAUUCACACUAUCAAAGUGUAAAAAGAGACCAUUUAUCUCAGAGUUGCCUUUUAAGUGACUAAAUUCAUUGUUGUUACCUCGUCUGUACAUUCUGUGGGUUCUCAGCUGGAGAAAACUCUCUCCUUCAUUUAGAGUUUUGGGGCUAAAAUACUUCCUUUAGUUUGGAGUAUUUUGAAAAAGUUGUUUUUUGUCUUUUUUAGGAGCAUUCAAAAAAGCCCACUAAAACUGCAUAAGAUAAUAAAAAAAAUCACCAAACAAAGCUACCACCACAUAACCCCCCCCCCCAGUCUAACUUUUAAAAGACUUAACACACCUGCAUGAAUGUUCAAUUUUUUUUCAUUAGGUGUCAAUUAGCACUUUAAUAAUUUGCAUUUUUUUCUUCUUUCACAGGUUAACUUGUGGCUUUUUGUUGCAUCUUUAUGUUUUAGCAUCAUUUAUCUUUGUCAUGCUAAGGAAUUUGGUUCCAAAGUUCAAGAUUUCCCCUCUUCCCAGUUCUCAUACCGCUCCUAAAGAUCUUCCUUCCCGAAUUAAACACUGUAUUAUAUUUCAGGUUCAAAUACUACAAAGAGGCAGGCGUGCAUUUCGUAGAGUCCUGGAUGGUGCAUCACUUUAAAAUGGCUCACUACCCUUAUUUUGAAAAUAAUUGUAAGGCAGUGGAUCCAAAUAAUCAGCUGAGUGAGGAAUGAACUGUGAGGAACUGUAAGCCAUAAUGAUGCCAAAAAUACUUCCUGAAAUGUUGGAAGGGUUACUGGACUGCAGUUGUUUCAGUGUUACUUCUCUUGUGAAAGCUGGAUUUUACUUCUUUAAACAUUUUGUCAGCAAUAUUGUUUCAAUAAUGUUAGUUUUGUUUACCUCCAGGCUGUGGCAGUAUUUUAUGAUUUUUGUUGCUAAUUUUACAGUGAUGAACCAUUCGGGUCACAGGAAAAAAAGAAGCAAAAACAUGCGUGGUGAACCUUACAAUCAUGGCAUACAAUCUGAAGAAAUAUGAAGUUUGAAUGCAAUUGGUGUUUAUGUAUGAAUAAAAAUGAAAUGCGCCAACUUUGUGUUUACUGUAAAUAAAAAAAGAAAUCA